UUUCAAGUGCGCACACGAGACGCGCUCCAUUCUCGAGAUCUGUUUGAGAAACUCCUAAGGAAAUACCCAUUAGAGUACUUGGUUUUUGUGUUCCACGGCAAAAUGCUGUCAACAACAAGAUCUUUCACCGCCCACCUUGUGUUUUUAUUUUUUGGUGGCCUGCUGCUAACUCAUCACUGUGUCCAAGGUCAGGCGAGUAAAGUGUCCUCCAAGUUGGACUUCGAUGAGAGCGAUGGCGUCAACAAUCAGACCGGAUUACCCGGCCAGUCGGGACAGGGACAGGGACAGGGACAGGUGGGCGGAACUGGGAUGACUGGCAGCUACGACCCAGGAACUGGGCGAAGUUUAAGCGGACAAGGCGGAGGAGGAGGAGGAGGUUCUAGUAAUUCCGGAGGGGGAACGAGCAGCGGGGGAAAUCGACCCAAGAUCCACGGUGUUCGGGUCACCGUCGAUACGGGCGAUGGACAGCAGCAAACGAAAGAGUCCAAGGAGAGCGUGGAAAUUACGGAUUUGGGCAAGCACAAGAAGCGUGUGGGUAUCCACACGGACAUCACGUUCGAGAUAACCUCCGAUCCGGAUGGAAACGAGACCAGUUCCGCUCAGCAGCAAGGCGACAAGGAGGACGCUAGUGUUCCCAUCUACAAGGGUCGUGGUGGCAGCGACCCAAAGCACAAGAGCCGCAAACCAUACGAUCCCAAAUCCCAGUGGAAUCCGAACUUCUCCGGCGAGCAGCGUGGCUACCAGGGCACCAAUCGAGGUGGCUACCAGGGCUCCAAUCGCGGUGACUACUAUCCGCAAUAUUAUCCGGAGAGCGUCUACACCGGCGGAAGUUCCAAUGCAGGCAGCAUCUACAGGAACGGCAAUGCAGAGACUUGGACGCACUACGUCCCAGUUUGGACCACGGAGCGGGUGCCGCAGGAGCAGGGUCAGAUCUACCGACGACCCCGCUGGAAGCCCUGCUACUGCAUGUCCUCCGCGGAUUUCAGGCGCCGUCGGGACAGCAAAGCCAGAAGGGAGCCGGGGGAUCAGCAUAAGGAGGUCAUCAACAGCGGUGUCGUCCAGGUGGUGGACGGCAAACUGGAGAAACCAUUCUCCUGAGCCCCUUAUAGCACUAUAGCUUCUCCUGUUCUAGGUUUAAACUAUUUACCAUUGGUUUUUCUUUCAAUAAAUGUGUCGUUUUAGUUUUUUA